AUGACCGAAGAACCGUUCAAAUUAUUCCGUCUUCCAACUGUGGCUCUUCGAAAUGUUCUACAAUUAAUGAAUCCAAUUGAAUUAUUCGAGUUAUCCCAAUGCUCCCGAAGAGCCCUCUCCAUCAUCCCGCUAUCCGGUAGCAGAAAGUUCAGGCUUAUUGUGAACAAAUCAUCUCACUCAAUCCAUAUCCUAGCUCCAUCCAAUAUAAACUCUUUUCGUAUGUAUAGCAAUAGCCGCCAAUCGAAAUAUAUUCUCCAUGGAACCCGUACUUUCAUGGAGUCUACUGUAAAGAUUUGCCACGAGUCAGAGGGUGAGCUCCUUAGUUUCUGGGAUGAUUAUUUUGUCGGAUUCAAGACUGUCUUCUUCCAUCUCUUAAAAAUUUUCAACUGCGUCAUUGAAUCUGCAAGGUUUCAUCCUGCAUUUCCUGCAGUGAUCAACAUGGCAACUAUUGAUUUCAUCAUUAGCCGACAGUCCGAAAUCAAAGAACUCAUUGUCGAUGGUGAAAACCUUCCAGAUGAAUAUGUGAUUGAGAUAUUCAACAAAUUGAGAGUCACUGAUCGCUUACUUAUCCGUCAUGAAUUUUCUAUGACUCCUCCAUUAAUUCCAUUCAACUCGAAAUCCAUUGAUAUCUGGAAGUCGUACUGGAUCACAACUGAACACUUGAAUUCCAUGAGGAACAGUACUGUAAUUCAGUUAAAUUGGACUACAUUAACUGAUCGUGAUAUGAUACCAUUCUUGAACAACUGGAAAUCUGGACAAUUUCCAAAUCUUCAAUAUUUAUCCAUCAAAAGCAAUUUUCUGAGCAAAAACUUCACUGUAUUCGGACUACCGUCACUUCAGGAUACUCUUGAUCCACAAGAACAAAAAAGAUACAUCCUCGGUUUGCCAAGAACAAUUCAUGGAGGUGUUAAUGUUCAGAGAGAUGAUGGAGUUGUUGCAACAGUUCGUUUCGACAAUGGUGAGGGAGUUUUGCAAAUGAUGUUGUUGGAGUAA